UCGCACCUCAGACCCACGGCGGCCAUUUUGUCUGUAGCUGCUUUUGAAAACACGGGAAACCGUGUUCGUACAUGAAUUGGACACUGAAGACAUUAUAAAACAUAAUAUGGAUCCCUUAGAAGACAGGACUUCUGCCAAAGAACUCGACCAAUGGAUUGAACAGUUAAAUGAAUGCAAGCAAUUGUCAGAAAACCAAGUUAAAUCCUUGUGCGAAAAGGCGAAAGAGAUUUUAACAAAAGAGUCCAAUGUACAGGAAGUCAAAUGUCCAGUGACAGUGUGUGGUGAUGUCCAUGGCCAGUUCCAUGACCUGAUGGAACUGUUUCGCAUAGGUGGAAAAUCACCCGACACAAACUACUUAUUUAUGGGAGAUUAUGUAGAUAGAGGUUACUACUCGGUAGAAACAGUUAGUCUUCUAGUAGCAUUGAAGGUAAGGUUUAAGGACAGAAUUACAAUCCUACGAGGAAAUCAUGAAAGCCGUCAAAUUACCCAAGUAUAUGGUUUCUACGAUGAGUGCUUAAGAAAGUAUGGAAAUGCCAACGUUUGGAAAUAUUUCACCGACCUCUUUGAUUACCUCCCUCUUACUGCCUUAGUGGAUACACAGAUAUUUUGUUUACACGGUGGUUUGUCUCCAUCUAUAGACACUUUAGAUCAUAUACGAGCUUUAGACAGAAUCCAGGAGGUUCCUCAUGAGGGACCAAUGUGUGAUCUGCUAUGGUCAGACCCGGACGACAGAGGCGGCUGGGGUAUUUCUCCCCGUGGUGCUGGCUACACAUUUGGACAGGACAUCUCAGAGACAUUCAAUCACAGCAACUCUCUGACACUGGUAUCCAGAGCGCAUCAGUUAGUAAUGGAGGGUUACAAUUGGUGCCACGAUCGGAAUGUUGUAACAAUAUUCAGUGCCCCCAACUAUUGCUAUCGGUGUGGAAACCAAGCAGCCAUUAUGGAACUAGAUGAUGCUCUCAAGUAUUCAUUCUUGCAGUUUGAUCCAGCCCCACGACGAGGAGAGCCUCAUGUAACAAGGAGAACUCCGGAUUACUUCCUGUAAAGAAUGAACAAAGAGCUUUGCAGAACAAUAUCAUGCGCUAAUAUCUAGAAAUGUUGUACCAGAGUUUGUAUGUGAAGUCUUUUGUGCUGGUACCUUUUGCCGACUGAUCUGUGACCAGUAGAGACGUACCGACCAGCAAUAUGUUGAUCCCUACCAGCACAACACGCAUGACAUUUUUAGUCUUUUAUUGUUAUUUGGAGAGAGAAAAUGCACAGCUCAUUUAAUAUUGACGAGAUCUUCAACAUUUGUCGAGAUGAUAGAAUUAAGGAACUUGGUUGGAAGCCAGAUUUUUUAGAACUCUUUUUUUUGGGGGGUUGGGGGCUACAUAUCGGCGAAAUAUAACACACAAGUUUCCAUCAUUUACAGGCACAUUGUUUUGGUGUCAUGAGUGUGCAAUUUCAAUAAAUAGUAAUAUUAACGUGUUCAGUUUGUGACAAGUUGUUAGAUGCAGCGAUCAUGUUAGGCUUUUAAGCCUUGUUACGUUUAUCACUGGCAGCCAUUACGACAUCAUUGCCAUACAGAAAGAAUUUGAUGAAAUAAUAUCCUAUCAAUUCACAAUGUUCCAUCUUAUCAGGGGAAGUAGUGGGGAAAUGCUGUCCAAGGUUAAAACUACGAAUCGUAGGUCGUCUGCAUGUCCUGUAUAAAUAUAUUAAACAUUUUUCCUCCUAAGAUAAAGUUUCUCUGUAGAAAUUUAUAAGUUAUAUUUGAGUACAAGGUGAUAUAACGUACCCCCAGUGUGAUUAUUUAUACUUUUAUGUAAGUAGUGGGCCACUUGACUGGGCCUGGUAGCGACACUCAUUGCUGGUGUACAUGGUAGGCAUUACUGUGCUAUAUAUAUAAUGAUUUCUUGUUAUAUUUUGUAAUGUAUGCGUGCGAGGGAGACGAUUAAGAGACGAGCGAUUGAACGGAAGAGACGGUAAUUAUUGUCAAACCUUUGUCUACUAUGAGUUUUAUUUCUUUUCAUUCUGUCAAAUGUUCAAAAUUAUUUGAAUUUCCCUCUUCAGACAUUUGACGGUAGUCUACAUGAAUGUUUUUCGUAAAAAUUAGAGCCUGUUUAUUGAGCGUGUACUACGGUAUAUCAAUUUGAACAGUGUCCAGUUGUCUGUAGAAAUGGCAUAUUUUUAGCGUACGGUUUAAUGGUGUCCCAUUUCAUUUCCCUUUCAUUCUUCUCCUAAACACACAAUAUGAAUUAAAACUAUAUAAUUAUAUGAGUGUUGUUGACAUAUUUUGCUUCUAGGAAAUGUACUAUUGGCUAUUCCUGGGAUCCAUGUUUAGAAUUAACCUAAAAGUAGCUCAUUUAAAGUCAAUUAUGUUUUAUGCGGUUGACAUUUUUUCUGUGGUGGCUUUUUCAGAAUUUAUAAACAUGAUUUAGAAUCAGGUUAAAAACUUCAUAAACCAAAGCAAAAGAAAAACAUGUUUGAGCCCAACACUUCAAACAGUUUUGGUGCAACCACAUAAAAUUUCACUAUAACAUGCAUCAGAUUUUUUUAAUGUUUUGAAACCACAGAAUAUUUAUACGAUAUUCCUCAAUUUUAUUGUGAUCAUAGAAACAUGCACAUGCAGUCAUGUUUUAAAACAUUGUAAUGACCAAAUUUCAUUUUAGUUAAAAAUCAGAAGUGUAGAUUUGUUUCAUUAACAAGUUGGUCUGUUUUGUGUUGAUUAAUGUUUUAAUAUGCUUCAAGUAGGCUUCAUAUAGCUUCAAAUAUUUUGUUAUGUAAUGCAUUUGAUCUGUCAUUAUCUUCUAAUGAUCCUGAAGCUUUUGCCUGGGGAACUUUUGAGUUAAUAUGCAGUUAGAACUGAAUUGAAAACCACAAGCUUCAAUAGAGUGAGUUGUAGUUUAACUGAUAAAAACUAGUAACAAUUUUUUCCAUAUAUCUUCUCGCCGUUAUCGUCCUGAGCAAUGAAUUAAUUACAUACCAUGUGUGUCGUUGAAUCGGGAGAUGCAAGAUUUUAGAAUUUACAAUUUGCACACGUAUGUCGACAAAGUUAUUGAUAAUAAAGAUUAAGUAACAUAUCUCCUG